UCAUUUCUUCCGUUUAGCGCCAUUUACAGUUAGAAAAUUUUGCGAGCUGCUCUUCUGAUGUUGAAGCUCACGCCUUUCCACUCUCUCCAACAAUACCUUCCUCACAACCUCCAUUUGUCUCUUUUCCAAACCUGCUCAGCCCCACAAGAAGUUGAACAACUCCACGCUUUUUCCCUGAAAACAGCCAUUUUUAAUCACCCUUUUGUCUCUUCUCGCCUCUUAGCUCUUUACUCGGACCCAAAAAUCAAUGAUCUCGGUUACGCCCGAUCCAUUUUCGACCGAAUUCAACGACGGAGUUUGAUUCAUUGGAACACUAUCAUUAAAUGCUAUGUUGAAAAUCAAUUUUCCCAUGAUGGUAUUGUUCUUUUCCAUGAAUUGGUUCAUGAAUAUCUGCCUGAUAAUUUCACUUUGCCUUGUGUGAUUAAGGGUUGUGCUCGGUUGGGUGUGGUUCAGGAGGGGAAGCAGAUUCAUGGGUUGGCUUUGAAAAUUGGGUUCGGGUCUGAUGUGUUUGUGCAGGGUAGCUUGGUGAAUAUGUAUUCCAAGUGUGGUGAGAUUGAUUGCGCUCGUAAGGUGUUUGAUGGAAUGAUUGAUAAGGAUGUGGUUUUGUGGAACUCUUUGAUUGAUGGGUAUGCUAGAUGUGGGGAGAUUGAUAUUGCAUUGCAGUUGUUUGAGGAGAUGCCUGAAAGAGAUGCUUUUUCGUGGACUGUUUUGGUUGAUGGGUUGUCGAAGUGUGGCAAGGUGGAGAGUGCUAGGAAGUUAUUUGAUCAGAUGCCUUGUAGGAACUUGGUUUCUUGGAAUGCUAUGAUUAAUGGGUAUAUGAAAUCGGGGGAUUUUGAUUCAGCACUUGAAUUGUUUUAUCAGAUGCCAAUAUGGGAUUUGGUUACAUGGAAUUUGAUGAUUGCAGGGUAUGAAUUGAAUGGGCAGUUUAUGGAUGCUGUGAAGAUGUUUUUUAUGAUGUUGAAAUUGGGUUCUAGACCUAGUCAUGCUACUUUAGUCAGUGUUCUUUCUGCUGUGUCGGGAUUAGCUGUUCUUGGUAAGGGAAGAUGGAUUCACUCUUACAUGGAAAAGAAUGGAUUUGAGCUGGAUGGUAUACUUGGGACAUCCUUGAUAGAAAUGUAUGCAAAGUGUGGGUGCAUUGAGAGUGCUUUAACAGUUUUUCGAGCAAUACAGAAGAAGAAGGUGGGGCAUUGGACUGCUAUAAUUGUAGGAUUAGGAAUCCAUGGUAUGGCCAAUCAUGCUCUUGCGUUAUUUCUUGAAAUGUGCAAAACUGGCUUAAAGCCUAAUGCUAUCAUUUUCAUUGGAGUGUUGAAUGCUUGUAAUCAUGCAGGAUUGGUUGAUGAUGGUCGUCAGUAUUUUGAUAUGAUGAUGAAUGAAUACAAAAUAGAACCCACACUGGAACACUAUGGCUGCUUGGUGGACAUUCUAUGUCGAGCUGGACAUCUUGAAGAGGCAAAGAAUACCAUAGAGAAUAUGCCAAUAAGUCCAAAUAAAGUAAUUUGGAUGAGUUUACUUGGUGGUUCUAGAAACCAUGGAAAAAUAGAUAUUGGGGAAUAUGCAGCUCAACGUGUAAUUGAGGUGGCUCCAGAGACCAUUGGAUGUUAUAUUCUUUUGUCUAACAUGUAUGCAGCAUCUGGAAUGUGGGAAAAAGUUUCACAUGUACGAGAAAUGAUGUACAAGAGAGGAUUUAGAAAAGACCCAGGAUGCAGUUCAGUAGAGCAUAAAGGCACACUUCAUGAGUUUAUUGUGGGUGAUAUAUCACAUCCUCAAACUAAGGAGAUAUAUGCUAAGAUGAGUGAGAUGAAGGAAAAACUAAAAUGUGUGGGACAUGUUCCAGACACAACCCAAGUUCUGCUGUGUAUUGAAGGGGAGAAAGAGAAGGAAGCUGAACUGGAAAACCACAGUGAGAGGUUGGCUAUUGCUUUUGGUCUCAUUAAUGUGAAACCAGGGAUUCCCAUCCGCAUCAUGAAGAAUCUUCGUGUUUGUAAUGACUGUCACUCUGUAACUAAGCUCCUUUCUAAAAUCUAUAGCCGUGAAAUCAUUGUGAGAGAUAAUUGCCGUUUUCAUCAUUUCAAAAAUGGCUCCUGUUCUUGCAUGGAUUAUUGGUGAUCACUUGGUAUUUUGACUACCAUAAAAGCUUUUUGUUCCUUUGCCCAAAUAAGUAGCCACCAGAAUAUUAUAAUUGCAGAUAGUUUCAACUGACCCUCUAAAGCCUAUAGCUGUUGUUGGUCUCAGUUCUUACAGGGAUUCAAGUUGGUCGGAAGUUCCCAGGUAAGUAUGCAAGAAAAGGGAAACACAAACUAUGGCAACAAAGGAGCUGGUCUCAUUAGUAAUACAGUAGUUCCAAGCAGUUCUACUAGCAAAUUACAUCAUUACCAACCCAAUCCACAGAAGACAAGUUCAAUAAAGACCAACAAGGUUAAGUAAUGUUACAGCUGAAAAGGUGAAUCUCACACUUAUCUUCACUUGCCGGGGACAAAGUUGGUGGCAUAAGCCCAUGCGUUGUUGGCAACUGGAUCAGCAAGGUGGUCAACGAGGUUCUCAAUUGGGCCCUUUCCAGUGACAAUAGCCUGAACGAAGAAUCCAAACAUUGAAAACAUUGCCAGGCGACCGUUCUUGAUCUCCUUCACCUUCAGUUCUGCAAAUGCAUCAGGGUCAUCUGCCAAACCAAGUGGGUCAAAAGCCCCACCUGGGUAAAUUGCAUCCAGUCCCUCACCAAGUGGGCCUCCACCAACACGGUAUCCUUCAACGAAUCCCAUGAGCACAACUUGGCAGGCCCAGAUUGCAAGGAUGCUCUGGGCAUGAACAAGGUUGGGGUUGCCAAGGUAGUCGAGACCGCCCUCUGAGAAGAUCUGAGCUCCAGCCUUGAACCAGACAGCCUCACCAAAUUUGACACCAUUCUUUGAAAGAAUCUCAGGGAAGACACAACCCAGUGCACCAAGCAUUGCCCAUCUGCAGUGAAUGACCUCGAGCUCACGGUUCUUGGCGAAUGUCUCAGGAUCUGCUGAUAACCCAGCAGUGUCCCACCCAUAGUCACCAGGGAAUUCACCGGUCAGGUAUGAUGGAGUUUGCUCAGAGAAUGGGCCCAAGUACUUGGGGCGGUCUGGGCCAUACC